UUUGUCCAGAGUCAGUUCCUACAUCACAGUUCAUUUCAGAAUAAAAGUUCAGCUUCAUCCACAUAGUCUGACUUUAGAAACGCUUCUCCUUUGAGAUUCAGCAUGAAAACGUCUGUCAGCUGGAGUUUGUUGCUCUUUCUUCUUCUCUGCACAGGGGGAGAGGUUGAGUGUAACUGCCCAGAGGAUGGCCUGCAAAUUCAGGGGGGUAGUUACACCCUGACAAAGGGCUUUGAGACGGGCAGCUCGCUGGUCUAUAAGUGUCCCGAGAACUUCUACCCGUACCCAGCAGCCGUUCGCAUAUGCUACCCCAACAACAAGUGGAACCCAGGACCAAAAAGGUUUUCUCCCCAAAGAUGCAAGCACGUGGAGUGUCCUGACCCCAAUGUCCUGGAGAACGGGAAUGUGUCCCCCCCUUUGGAGAGGUACCUUGCCGGCAACACCACCACGUUUGAGUGCUACUCUGGUUACACACUGAGAGGCUCUGAAAGUCGUACCUGCUUACCCAACGGGAAGUGGAGUGGCUCCACCACCAUCUGCAGUCGUGACUCGGGGGAAACCUGUCCUGAUCCUGGAGUCCCACCUGGUGCCUCAAGGAGAGGAAACACAUUCGAUGUUGGUUAUGACGUCUCAUACUCCUGCAAUGGCAACCUGUUUCUGGUGGGCUCCAAAGUCCGAGUGUGUCAGGAGAAUGGCCACUGGAGCGGCAGAGAGCCCGCAUGCUACUCCAAAUUCACAUACGACACUUCACAGGAAGUCUCAGAAGCAUUUGGGAGUUCCAUCAGAGAAACCCUCACCACCUUGCAGUCCACAAAUGACACUCAGGCUGGGAGAAAAAUCCGCAUUUCAAAGAAUGGGACUCUCAACAUCUACAUCGCCUUGGACAUUUCAGAGAGUAUUGAAGAAAAACACUUCAAAAAAGCAAAGGAGGCCAUCAUUACACUUAUUAAAAAGAUCUCAACCUUCACUGUGACACCAAACUAUGAAAUUAUCUUUUUCUCCUCUGAAGUGUUUGAAGUUGCCAACAUUGUGGAUUUUUAUAGUGGCACAGAAAAUCUGAUUUCCGUCAUCAAAAAGUUGGAAGCAUUUAAAAUAGGUGACAAGAGCACUGGAACAGAUGUGAACGCUGCUUUAAAGACAUUUGAAGACCGCAUGGCUUGGAUAGAAGAACGGGAAAAAGAGAAUUUUCGUAAACAUCGUCACGUCUUUCUCCUCUUCACAGACGGUGCGUACAACAUGGGUGGCUCCCCGUUGCCAACAUUAGCCAGAAUAAAGAGCAGGGUCUACAUGAGUCCCACAGGUGAUCCUGGGUCAAGGUUGGAAUAUCUCGAGAGCUACGUCUUUGGCAUCGGAGCUGUCAUCUUUGAUGAUGACCUGCAGCCCCUCACAGCUGGAACUGAAGAAGAAAAACAUUACUUUAGACUGGAGAAAGAGACUAAUUUAGCAGCAACUUUUGAUAGUAUAAUUGAUGAAAAUGAAGUCAUUGGCCUCUGCGGUCUGCACAGAACUUAUGAUCUCCUAGGAAACAAAGCUAGUAUAAAGGCAAUGUAUCCAUGGGUGGUGUUUAUCAACAUCCAGGGCGAAUCCCCAAAGAAGUGCCUGGGCUCGCUGGUGUCACCCGAGUUUGUCUUGACCGCUGCCCACUGCUUCAUCUUCAGCGACGAACCAAAAAAUGUCCAAGUGGAAAUUGAAGACGGGCACGGCAGCAAAAAUAAAAAAGUGAAAACGUUUAAGCUACAUCCACAGUACAAUGUUACGGCUCGAAAGAAUCAAGGCGUGGAGGAGUUUUAUGACUAUGAUGUUGCUCUCAUCCAGCUGGAGAAACCUGUUAACAUCUCCCAUUCUGCCAGACCCAUAUGCAUACCUUGUACUAAGCAAACCAAGGAUGCUCUUAGACUCCCUCCGUCAUCAACAUGCAAAGAUCAAGAGGAGCUUUUAUUGAAAAACCAACAGGAAAGACUCAGUUUCUUGACUCGGUUGGAGCCACUAGUUGGUGAAAAAGACGUCUAUGCAAAGCUUGGAGAUAGCAGAGAUCUAUGCAUCAAAAAAGCAUUGGAAGCAAAGGGAAUAAAAGCAAAAGACCCGAAGAUUCCUGUGACGGAUAACUUUCUGUGCACUGGCGGUGAGAGGGAGCACAUAGCAUGCACUGGUGACUCUGGAGGAGCUGUGUUCAAGAACUAUGAGGAUCGCACUAUACAGAUUGCAUUGGUCAGCUGGGGAACCCAGGAGCUUUGCACUGGAGGUGGUAUGAUAGAGUCAACCGAGAAAUCCAGAGAUUUCCACAUUAAUCUUUUCAAAAUGAUUCCUUUUCUCAAAGAAAUCAUGGGAAAUGAUGACUCGGAUGACUUUGCAUCCAUUGGAUUUAUAGACUAAUAAAGACAUUCCAUUGAGAAAGUCUCUUAGAUAAGAGGCAAAAAUGUCUUUAAUUCAAAAAAGCUACAAUGUUCCUUCUUUUUAACACUGUUUCUGCUGUUAAAGACAUUGACUUUUGCCAGUACUUCUGCCACUUAAAUGAUUCAAGCUGCUGUCUCAAGCUGACAUAAUACACACUGUACACUUCAUCAAUAAAGCACUUUUUUUCCUCAU